UGCAGAGGACAGAGGGGCAACCUUCUCGGGCUAUGCUUCCCCAAGGAGCCUCUUUUCUGCUCUUGUUCCUCUGCCAAGCACUUUCGCUGCCCUUACCUACUCAGCUGUCAAAGGAAGAUGAAAAGGUUAUUAAGUGCAUCUCCGAAAUCCUAGCAGACACCCUUUCCAGUCCCAGCCCAAUCCCAGUGACCAGCGAAUGCAUGAAGAUCCUGAGGGAGGAUGAGAGAGUCCUCGCAAUGCUUCAUCAUCAGCAUCUGCUGACCGAGUUGGAGGAACUGGCCCAUCAAGAGAAUGCAAAGCACCGCAUAGAGCAGGAAGGUGACCACAAUGCUUGGGGAGAAGAGCAGCAAGGAGAAAUCAAGACGAGGGAGGAGCCUGCCCAGCACACAGAAGCUGCCCCUGAGGAGGUGGAAGAGCACGCUGGCAAAAGGGAAAAAGAGGAGGAGGAGGAGGAGGAGAUGAAGAAGUAUGAGAAAACUAAAAACACAAGAGAGAAAAUCAAGGCCUCCCAAGGGGAGGAUCUUCGGGAGGCUUUGGAGGAACAGGCUGAAGAGGAGCAGCAGGAGGAGAAAGAAAUAAAGAAGAGGAGUUCCUCAGAGACGUGGUCUUCAAAGGAAUAUUUUGGCCACGUCAAGAGGAGAGGUCCUAGGCAGCCCAAAAUCAGAAAGGGAAUGCUGCAGGGAGAUGAAGAAGGCCGGAAGAGACACGAAAUGGCCAAGAGACGCUUUAGGCUGGAUGAGGAAGAGGAGGACGACACCUCAGAAGAGGAGCCAAAGAAAUACCAUCAUGGAGGAUACGGUGAUCAUGAGAAGUGGGAGGGAGAGGAGGAAAGAUCUGAUAUGGCUAAAAGAGUGGCUGAGAAGGCUAGCGAUGAGGAGACAGCUCAGUUUGAAGAGGAGAAAGGUCUCAAAACCUCCAACUCCAAGGCCCACCUCCAUAAAGGCCAGAAGCCAUGGCAGGAAGAGGAGGAGGAGGAGAACCACAGUAAGAUGAGACAUGGCCACCACCAUAAACCAGUUGGCCUGGACCUCAGGAAGAGACAUUGGAAGGAUGAAGUUUAUCUGAACGGCAGACACCACGCUCCUGAGGAGGAGGAGGAGGAGGACAAGGAAGCCAGCCAGAGUGAGGCUCAGGAGCUGGACAAACUGGAAGAGAUUGAACGGGAGUUGAAGUGGGCUGCUGACAAGCUAGAAGAACUGAAGAGGGGGUAAAUCCUUCAGCCAUCUCAGGAGCUGGGGAGGGAAGGAAACAUCAAAGGCACCGCAGCUCUCUAUUAACUAGCCUUCUAUCACCCCCCCCUUCUCUAUAACCCCUCUAUUCAGCUUGGCUUUCGACUGUUAAUGAAGUUUUCCCUUGCUUACAAUAAUAAUAAAUAGCCACCUGGCCAGCAUUUUGCCUCAAAGCAGGGAGUCCCUUACUUCCCGUGUAAAGUGCUUCAUCUGGCCACAGGGGACUGUUCUA